AUGUCAAAACGAACAUUUAUGUCGCAAGAUAAAUCUGGUUCAUGCAGCCUAUUUGGAAUUAAAUCAACAUUAUGGAUGAUGAGUUUACUAUUGCUGACUUUGCUGAUUUUGGCUAUUACAUUUUUAAUUGAACUUAUUGCUGGACUUCUGUCGUUUGUUUAUACCGUCAAUUUAUCUGAUCGUUUAUCAUCGAAUUUAUUGUCGUUAAUUGAAUACAAAUAUCACGUUGAUACACGAAAAGAACAAGAUUUUGAUCAAAUGCAAAUAUACUUCCGUUGUUGUGGUUCUACAUCGUUUAAAGAUUGGUCAUUAUCACCUCGUUUCAAUUCCAACAACACGGCGUUUGUGGUACCCGAUAGUUGUUGCAAAUCCUUUGAACAUAAAUGUGCACAAAAACCAUUCGGAAUACAUCCGUCAAACAUCUAUUAUCAAGGCUGUUCACAAGCAUUAUAUCGUUAUUAUCAUCAACAUUUGGUAACACUGGGCUGUGUAGCCAUUGGUGUCACAUUUUUACAGGUAUUUACAAUUAUCCCAUUGUUUUGGUUAAUAAAACGUUUACAAAAGCAGUUAGCUCAUUCAAUUGCACCUAUCACUACCAAUAAACAACAUCAUCUAUCACAAGAACUCUCUUAUAUUCCAAUACAACAAGGCGAAACAUAG